CACCCAAGCAUCACCAAAAUCGCAUCUUGAGCCUGGUUUUUCACCAUCCACGUCAACCACCACCCAGCGAACCCACACCGAACCGUCGCGUCCUAAAGCUCCCAGCUUCACGCCAACCAUCACACGAUAUUCCGACCGCACACGAAAUCAUUCACAAUGGACCACACCCGUGAUCCCUGCCCCUGGGUCAUCCUCAAUGACUUUGGCGGUGCUUUUGCUAUGGGAGCUAUCGGUGGAACGGUAUGGCACGGUAUCAAGGGUUACCGCAACUCACCCUAUGGUGAGAGAAGAAUCGGUGCCAUCUCAGCCAUCAAGAUGCGCGCUCCCGUACUGGGAGGAAACUUCGGAGUUUGGGGAGGUCUUUUCUCAACAUUCGAUUGCUCCGUAAAAAGUCUUCGUGGACACAAGGAGGACCCUUGGAACAGUAUCGCAGCUGGUUUCCUCACAGGUGGUGCGCUAGCCAUCCGUGGAGGAUACAAGGCCGCCCGAAAUGGUGCCAUUGGUUGUGCGCUGCUCCUUGCCGUCAUCGAGGGUGUCGGUAUCGGUUUCCAGAAGAUGUUCGCGGGUAGCACAAAGCUGGAGAUGCCCGCGCCUCCUCCUUCCGACGAGAGAGCUCUUGCAUAAACGAUCGAUUCUUCGCGAAGCAUCCAAUUUUACCGACGAACGGCGGGUGAUCGAGACGACCGCCUUGCCAACGAGAAGAAUAACUCGGACCCCUCUCUACUCCACAACGCUCGAAGCCUGUUUUUUGUCCUUUUGACGAGGGCUCGACAAGUUUGUUUUCCACAUCACAAGGGAGCGAAG